UGGAGGGCUCGUCGCCUCCGUCCGGGAGUCCCCGUGUGCGUGUCUCUCGCUUGACAUUUUAUACCCGGCCGCGGCCGACUUGGAGCCGGGUUGCCCGUCCCAGCCCUGAAGUUCUGUAGGUGGGGCGGGCUUUAAUUUGCUUAUAUCUAAUGAUUUCAGGAGCCUCGCUUUAAAAUGGCGGCAUUCACUAGCCACCCCUGCUAGAGGCUCUCCCAGCACCGGGGCCACCUCGCGCAGCGCUGCUUUUGCUUCUGCCGCUAACAGAUGGCAUGUGCCGCUGUCGCUGCCGCUGCCCCCGCCGCUGCCGCUGAGAGCGGGACCCCUUAGCCUCUGGGUUGGCGCUGGCAACAGAAGAAAGGAGCUGGACAGUCCACCAUGGCAGAUAUCGUGACAGGAAGCGAAGUGACAAUCAACAAUCUGCCACUGAAAGAGGACAGCUAGAAUACUUCCCAGGACAUGCAUGUUUCUGGAAAGUGCCUUUUCUGAAAGCUCUGCUGCUUGGAUUCCACUUUCCAGCUGUCUCUUUAUAAACCCCUCUUCCUACCACCACCACUGCCACCUCCCCACCCCUCUGCAAAAAAAAAAAAAAAACCCUGCUGUGCUUGUAGUUCAUUCUCAGAAACUUGUUCAUUCUUUUUUUUCUCUGAUUCUCGAUUUUCAUAGUCAGUUUCCCUCCUCCCGAUUUUGCAGCAAAAAAAAAAAAAAUUACAGUUGUAACAUCCUACCAAUCUUAAACUUUAAAGCCAAGAAACAGGUAGAAAAACUUUUCUCCCCUUGAUCUGAGACCAUUUCACAAAUUGAAGGGUGGCUGGCAACACAGGCUUUUUGGAGGCAUAAUUGAAAACAUCAACUCGAGAGCACAGAAUUCUUUUGAAAUUCUGCCAGUUAUUUGAAGUAACUUCGGCAGGGUAACAAAAUAAAACACUCAAUAUCUUAACCUUUACGGUUGCCUUCUUAGGACUUGGUCUGCAAUUUGAUUUUUAGUUAUUCCGAUCCAAUUUUUCUUUUAGGAUUGGCUUUUUGUUUGACUAGAGCGAAUUUGACUUAAAUGAAGACCUAAGUGCUAACAAAGAAGCAUUUCACCAAAGCAACCCGUUACUCUUCACAUUUAGCUUGAGUUUAUUUUUAAUCUUUCAACCACAGCAGUAAAUUGUUCUAGAGAGGGUGCACUUGAGUUUUAACUUUGCUUUCAAUAUGACGGCUGUCAAUGUUGCCCUGGUUCGUGAUACCAAGUGGCUGACUUUAGAAGUCUGUAGAGAAUUUCAGAGAGGAACCUGUUCUCGGGCUGAUGCAGAUUGCAAGUUUGCCCAUCCGCCAAGAGUUUGCCACGUGGAAAAUGGUCGUGUGGUGGCUUGUUUUGAUUCUUUAAAGGGUCGGUGUGCUCGAGACAACUGCAAGUACCUUCACCCUCCUCCCCAUUUAAAAACGCAGCUGGAAAUUAAUGGACGGAACAAUCUGAUUCAACAAAAGACUGCCGCAGCCAUGUUCGCCCAGCAGAUGCAGUUUAUGCUUCAAAAUGCUCAGAUGUCAUCACUGACUUCUUUUCCCGUGACUCCAUCACUUGCAGCUAAUCCUGCCAUGGCUUUCAAUCCUUACUUACCUCAUCCUGGGAUGGGCCUGGUCCCUGCCGAACUUUUACCAAAUGCACCUGUUCUGAUUUCUGGAAACCCACCUCUCGGAUUGCCAGGAGCUGCUGGUCCAAAACUGAUGCGUUCAGAUAAACUGGAGGUUUGCCGUGAAUUUCAGCGUGGAAAUUGUACCCGUGGUGAGAAUGAUUGUCGCUAUGCUCACCCUACGGAUGUUUCCAUGAUCGAGGCAAGUGAUAAUACUGUGACGAUCUGCAUGGAUUACAUCAAAGGUCGAUGCUCCCGGGAGAAAUGCAAGUACUUUCAUCCUCCUGCACACUUGCAAGCCAAACUCAAGGCAGCUCAUCACCAGAUGAACCAUUCGGCUGCCACAGCAAUGGCCCUCCAGCCUGGUGCAGUUCAACUGAUACCAAAGAGAUCGGCGCUUGAAAAGACCAAUGGUGCCACCCCGGUCUUUAAUCCCAGUGUUUUCCACUGCCAACAGGCUCUGGCUAACCUGCAGCUCCCACAGCCGGCAUUCAUCCCUGCAGGGCCAAUACUGUGCAUGGCACCCGCUUCAAGUAUUGUUGACAUUCUGAACAACAGAGUUACAGAGUAUCAGAAUCUCUCCGUGAGAACCUCCAUAUGGCCUUUUUAUAUAUAUACACGUAUGUCCUCUUCCACCAACACAACAAUAAGCAUGGUGCAGUCAAUAUCUUAAACAAAACAAACAUACCAACCAACAAAUUCAAAUACAAAAUAAAGCAUUAAACAAUCAAGGAGAUGUUAAAACACAAAUAGAAAACUAAUAACUAACAUCUAUCUCUCUUAUUUGAAUUAUUAGGUAGAACACCAUAAAAUUUUGUAAUUCAUCACACUGUUCUUUGUGAUUUCCCAAUAACGAUUAUGCUGAGUGGAUGUCUACAGUGGACUGCUUACUGUGCAUUCUUGGUGGAUAAAUGUCCGUUUUGAAGUGUUACCUUACUGUUUUGUUUACACAGUAGUCUAUUGGGUUGAUUCAGAAUGUAACAAAUAGAUCCAAUACCAGUUUCCCCAUUAUUGUACCGUGGUGUGUUGUGUUAGGUUUUUAACAUACUAUAUAGUGUUUUGCUAUAAUGUGUGGUGUUUGGUUUCAACUAAAAUGUUAUUAGUGGGAAACAGAAACACAUGUGCUUGAAAAAACCUAACAGGCUAAUGUUAAUAUGCUCACUCUCUCUUUGUAAUAGUUCUGUAAGUUUCUUGAGGCAGACAUUUAAAAGGCCUCACUUUUGAGUGUGUCCAAAACGUGAUCAUAAACAUGCACGUGUAUAAUUUGUGCCUGUAGAUCUGACCUUGCAUAAUACAAUCACGUUACUAGAUUUUUGGUUUUUUUGGUGAGAGAGAAAUAAUUACCUGAUAAAAAAACACCGGGAAUUUCUUAAAACAUUAACCCUAAUUUCACUCCUUAAAUAGCUUGAAAAACUAGAAUUUACCUUUAAAUGCAUUUCUCAGCAUUUAUACUAAAAACUAUGGGAAGUGCCCAUUACAUUUUCUGUGGCUCAAGGAUCCUGUCUUCUGGGUAGAGUGUCUAAAACUGAGCCAUUUGUAAUCUUCAGCUGAAAAAUUGGUUCUUGGAAGCUUAAAGGUAUUCUAAUUACAGGUUAUAAAUUAAGCAGAGAGAUGGGGGCGUGGAGAGAGUUCUUACAUAUUGGAGGAAAGUAUGUAAAAACCAUUGCAAUGUAACCUUUGAUACAAGUGCCAUUUUCCGAAUGCAAAUGGCUUGUGCUCUUUAGGCUACUCUUUGAAUAAUAAGAUGCAAUCUGGAAAAGUUCAGUCAGGGUGAAAGAGAAUUGGCUCCAGGUGGGGCCUUUCCUCCCCAAAUGGACAAUCUUUUCCGUUGAUCACAGUUGGAGCCUGAGUAUAGGUUUGGAGAGAUGGCGGGGCUGAGGAGGGAGGUAGGGAGAUAAUUGAAAUUACUUUGAUUUAUGUAAAAGUUCUAGGAAGGAUGUCCACAGGCGUCUUCAGCUUCAGUUCAACUGAGUUUCCAGUUUUGUCAGUCGCUUAAGUGAAGGAGCAAGCGCCUGUGAUAUAUGUUAAAUGUUGCCCAUCCCAAACUUCAUUAACAACAGAAUCUCUCAUAGUAUAACCAAGCCUCUCUUUUGUUUGUUUGGAUUUUUUUGUUUUUAUAUGUAUUUGAAAAUGAUAAUAGAGAGGAAUAGAGAGAUUUUUAGCAACCUUUGGAUGAGACCGAGUGGCCACAGUCCACAGAACUGAACUGAACUCAUAUUACUAAUACUUAUGAACUCGUUGUAUAACCAAGUAAAAUAGUCAUUCAUUCCUAUGCUAUGUUGUAUACCUCCUCCACCAUACUCAGUUGUGAAACUUACUGUUAUCAUUUAGUGGUAGAGCUUUAUGACAUUUUGCAUCAAUUUAGAUAGUUUACUAUUUUCUACUAAAUAUAUGUCCUCUCACUGAAAAGUAAAAAAUCCUCAAAUUUGUUGUGUAUAACAAGUUUAUUUUCUCCUUCAUGAAAAUGACAGGCAAAGGGACAGUUUGAUUUAGGAUACCUUAAGCUAGCUAGUAGUGUUUGAAUCACAGAACAAGAGAGUUAGCAAAACCUUUUCACAGCCAGGGCAUGGUGACCUGCCCAGGGCGACCUAGCUAGUUGGUAGCAGUUGGACCCAGAAACAUCUCCUGACUCCUGGCUGUUCCUCCGCUUCCUAUAGUUUGUGCUUUAGAACAUUUGUGACUCCAUCCCAGAGCAGACCAUUUUGGCUCAGUGCAAAAGAGCGAAAUUAGCUCUUGGGUAACUGAUAUCCUGUUGAUCUGAAUUCUCCAUCCAAGUCAUGAUCAUCAGUGAUUUCCAAAUGAUCUUGCUUGGAUCGAGCCAUUGUCAUCUGCUAACAGUAUUGCCUGGAGUUAGAGAACAAGAGUGUCUUGAUUUUUACCUGUUGGUUCUUUGAACCACUUAAUUUCUGUUUCUUAAAAUCUUAACUUUGCUAGAGAAGAAUAUGCCUUUGUGAAAUAACUUGUGUUUAGAACUGGUUUUGUUAAACCUGUGCCAGUGCCUCUCUAGAAGGGCAGCUUGAUCACAUGAAUCCAGAAAGGGUGUACCUGAGCUACUCUGGAUGUAUUCCUUAAAAGAGACAGAGACAUUUUCAGUGAAAAAUGAACUUUUUUGGUGUUGUUUGACAUUCUGAUGCAACACACUGUCUCAUUGAACUUUUUAAACUUCUGACAAAGAUAUACGUAGACUAAAAAAUACCUCAAGGUCAGCUGUUUGCAAGUUGCUUUCAGUACUAGAAGACAUGAAUAAUGAUGUAUUUUUUAGUAAGAGUUUCAGUGAGGAGAUUCAGGGUAGUUGUAUUUUUUGGUGCCACAAUUUUUGAUAUUGUUGGCAUUUUGAAGUUACUUUGUAUGUGAAUUUAAAGAAAGAAAACUCAAAGCACUAAUGUUUUGAUCAGAUGCAAAAGAAUUUUGAUGAAAUGUAAUUUUGAGAUAGCACUCUUUAAACUAGUUGUGCAAUGACUUAUUCAAAGUAUCUUUAUUCAAGAAAAGAGAAGAAGAAAGAUAAGUCAUGAGAUUAACUUUUCAGUUAAAAAGACAAGUCACAAAACUAAUCAGUGACUCUAAACAAUAAUUUACUGGAUGAAGUGUAUAUAUAAAAUUCUAAUCACUUGUGAUUCUUUUAGUUAACAUUUUAUAAGCUUUGUAAUCUACAAGGGCCUCUAUUUUUAUUUAUCCAAAAUUCAUGUUUUUUGUCCAUUUCUCUCAGCCUUUUGCAAAAAUAGGCAAGCGUGCUGAGACUUGGAUAAAACAGUUCAUGUAUACAGAGAAAAUAAUCAAAAAGUUUUCUUCAAAGAGGGUUUUAGUAGUGUCAAAAAUUUGUAAGAGCACUGUGUGACCAUAAGCAUAUUUUAAAGGGGAAUUAAAAUCAAAUGGAUUCAUAAAAUUGCUAAACACAGUAUUUGCUUUUGUAAUUGGAGCAUGAUGCCGCAACUUGCUGUUGCAUUUCAUUUCACUUGUCUAGAAUUUUAUUUGUAGUCAGUCAUGAUGUCAAGAGCCAUCUUCUCCCUACUCCAUCAGUCUUUUCCAUCCAUUUUUGAACAUGCUAAAAAGCACUUUGAUCUUGCCGUAAGUGUUGUCCUACACCAUGAGGCUGUGUUCAUGAAUGGGCAGCCUCAGCUCACCAGCUCUCCAUUUCAGAAAAAGCAGGUACCUCCACCCUACCAUCAACAGGAACCAAAUCAAAUUAAUCUUUACAACAUGAAUCUCUUUUUAAUGGCAUGACCAGUGAGCGUAGUGACGUCUGAAUAAGGACAACAUUGGCAUUAAAUUUUAUCCAAUAGUAUGUAGGGAAGGCCCAUGUGCUACUUGGAAUGUCAUUUGGUCCUCCCCACUCCUUGGAGAGUAGAUGAAGAUGCUCUUAGGUAAAAUGCAGCCACAGGUUUUCAAGUUAUUUUAGUCUGUAGGGUAGGCUGUGAUGCUUAAAAUGAAUAGAAACUGGAAUCCUCUUUCUUUCUAUCUCUUCUACAUUUCACACACAUUGAAAUAGAAACAGGGGAAUGUGAUUUCCCAAUUCUGUUGGCUAGAUUUAGGAGGAUAGUGGCCUAUUAAUUUUACCAGUGCCUCUCAAAGGAAAUAGAAUAAACACUAUAUAAAAGAGUAUAACAACUUUUUUUUUUUUUAGCAAGUUUAGUUGCUAGCGUAGUCAAACUGUAAAUAUAAUUGCAAAUAGACGUUCUGAGCACCAAUUCGCUAAUUGGUGCCAUGUUUUCCAUUUUCUUGUUAGUUAAGGUUUUUAUUUUAUUCCUUUUUCAUAUCUUUAAUUAACUAGUGAAUUUAAUUUUGAAGGAGCGUUAGAGAAAGUUUAAGGUUUUACUACAUGUAUUCAACCCGCCUGGAUAGGUCCUAAACUGACACUGAAUGAAGCAGGACAAGAUACAUAGUUCAUACCUAUUCUUUACAGUUCACAGUUUAAGAACAAACUUAACUUUAUAUACAAAUAAUAAUUUUUAACUAAUUGUAUAUUUAGUCGUUGCUUUAGCAACAAAUCUACAACAUGGCUACCUUUAGACAUUUUUUUUUGUGUGUGUGUGAAAAUUUUACUUGUAAACGAUACAUGGCUUUUGACAGUAUGAGCCAGUAGACAGUACAGCUCAAAGCUCAGAAAACAGAUAUGGGUGAUUUUUUUCUAAUCCCAAAUUCCCAUGUGAAAGCUGAAUUUGUGUCCUUGUGUGACUUUUUGAGCAAAAAGUUUACAGCAUGUGGAUUCUAGAAUCAGGCUUUAUAGCUGAUAGAAUUGUGUGGAGAGGGUUAUUCCACAGAAUUUAGAUUUCAAAACAAUUACUGAGCAGAGGUGAGUAUAUAGCUCAGUGGUAGAGCUCAUGCUUAGCAUGCACGAGGUCCUAGGUUCAAGCCCCAGUACCUCCAUUAAACAAACAAACAAAACACAAUUGUUGUAUUUAUAGUACAACCAAAUCUCUUUCAUAACUUACUGAAAAUUAUUCUAUACAAGUGACAUAACUGUAGCUACAAAAAAUUUUUAGGGAAUUAUAUACUUAUACAAAUAUAUCCAAAUGAGGAUUAAAAGCCAACAAAAGCAUAGAUUAAAAUGAAUUCAUAUUCAGGAAACCAUACAUACAGAUACUGUGGAAUGACCCCGUAACAGUGUUGAAGAGACAUAUGCUGCAAUUAACUGAUGGUCUCAGUUAGGGUGCGACCGUGUGAGACACACCUUUUUUGCACUUAUGUACAUAGUCCAUGAAAGCAAUCCUUGGAGCUUUUUCUUUUAAAUAUAAGAAGUCUGUGAUAAUAGUGGGAAAGUUAGUAAGAGAGAGUUAUUUCUAAGGCUUUGAGAAGAAGGGUUUGUUUGUUCUUUUUUUUUUGUCGCUACAAGAUGUAACUAAAGCAUGAUGUUGCUUUGCUGUUGUGGAGGCUUUCUAGUUUGCUACAGCUCACCAUGAGAGAAGACUGGUUACAGGUAACAGGUCAACUUCAGCUAACAGCCCUAAGCAAAAGUAAAGGUACUUCAUCUUUUAGCAAGACUGCUAGCAAAGAUUGUUUGGUUUUUUAAAUUAAGCCUCACUGUACACGUACACGUACACGUACACACACACACACACACACACACACACACACACACACACACACGGCAGGUUUCUGGCUGAGGUUUUCUUUUUUCAAUGGUUACAAGCAGUGGAAUACCCUGUAAAUUGCAGGCUGGAUAUUCCCAUUGGGAUCAAGUUUGAUUUCAUCUUUUACUGAAAAUUAUCAAUUGAUAAAUAUCUGUUAUAUCAAUGAAUAUGUAUUUAAGUGACAAACUGUUAACAUUCACCAUUAUUUCCCCUUCAGGAUUCAGAAUCCAAAACCAAGUUGGCAACCCUUGAAAGAUGUAAUGUAACAGUUAAGCCUGGCCAGCAUGGAGCAUUUUAUUCUCUUCAACAAGGGAAAAAAAUGCUCCUGGCACAGUUUUAUAUAUGGCUUUAUUUACUUUAUACUUGUUCAGUGCAAGCUGUUUUCUGAUUUACCUUUACCAGAUUAGACAGUGCUUCACUGUGUCAUUUCAGCCUCCUGCUGUUUUAACUAAACAGAAGAGUACUGGCCAAAAUCUUACACACAUUGGAGCUGGAAAUGAAUGUUUUAAUCAGACCAUCUCUGCCAAUUUCAGCCCCCAAGUCACCAACAGAUCACCAUUUAUCUUUUUGUUGCCUCCAGGCAAUGAGGCCUAGAAAAGGUCAAACUUAGAAAGGUUUUAGGUCAGAUCACCAUACAAACUUUGAAUCCUUUCUAUCUUGAGACCUGUCACCCUUACCCUGGAGAAGGAGCCCGUCUUGGGACGGAGGGAACUGGUAUUAGUAUUGCUACACAUUUGGAGAGUUCUCACUUACAGAGAAAUGAAAGUAAACCAAAGCCAGAAAGCAAUCCAAGCCUUACAAUUACAGUUGUCCAAUAGCUCAGGGCCAGUUGGUUAGAAAUGUCUUUUUUUCCCCUUCACCCUACACUCACUUAUAGUUAACCAUACAUCUAACAGCCUGACCAUCUGACCAGCAUUUACACUGAUACAAGAUGUAAGCAUGCAUUCAUUCUGUAGUCAGAAUUUCCAGUUGUAACCUUCUCACCAAUGUAGUUUCCCACCUUAACCCAUGUUCUUGUGUUGACAUUUCCUUGUGAAUCUACAAGCCACAUACCUAAAAGGAAAAACGUGUAUCACUGUGAAAUACAUCACAGCUACGUCAUAUUACUUUGUUUUUUUUUUAAAAAAAACACCUCCGUUACAAGACCUCAGAGUAACCCAACUUUAAGCAGUGCUCAUUUCUCCCCAAUCACACAACCUAAAGAUUUAUCUGUCACAGACUUGCAUGAUUUCAAAGCUUUAUUUCUGUAUGCAAACGCUUAUCUGUUAAUGAUGGAAACCAAAUUAUGUUGUUUCUAUGUCUUUUGUGUCUAGCAGUUGAGAGAAUUCCACGAUCAUUCUAUCAUUGGAUUCUGGGGUUGCCCUUUUCAGAAUAAAUUUCCUAUUAUUGUUGUUGUUGCUUUAAUUAUUAGAAAAAUGAGCCAUUUGUUACAUGCCCCAAAAUUACAAUAAUUUAAAUUAAGAUUAAAAAAAAGAUGCUCCUAAGUAUACUCUUUUUUUAAAGGGCUAACUUUAUGCAUUUACAGAACAACAAUCCAGUAUAACAUAGGAAAUGGAAGCACAUAUUUUGGGCAGAAAAUGUCAAUUUAAAAAUACUUAUGAAUAAGAAAAAUUUUAGUCCUGUAUAACAAUGAUAGAUUUAAAUAAUGAUGACAAUAUUUAAUAAAUAUGAACUGUUCCUAUAAUAUUUUGCUUCCAGAAUGCAAUAGCUCAUUCUCUCGACUGCUAUCAAAUAAGGCAGAUGCUUUGAUUUGUUUUUUUUCCCCAAGUUAUAGUCCUGUACUGCUUGUUUGUGUUUAGACAUGUGCAUUAUGUGAUUCAUUUUAGUAUGCUCUUUCUAUGUUUAUUUUUUGUUCUUUUAAUAAAAUGUGUAAACUUCUUUGUUGUCUUUUUUUUAUGAAUCCAUAUUCACACACUAGUUCUCUUCAAAUGAUUUGUCUUCUAGUAUAUUAAUCCUAAUAUUUGGUAAUUCUAAUAUAAAAUUUAAAUCUGACUUGGUUCAAUGCUAUAUUUCAUACAUAGAAUAAAUUUCCAAAUAUAUACCUUUGAAUUGUCUAGCUAAUACAUCCAUUGUGUUAGGUGUAUUAUUAUACCUAUACGAUUGAUGUCACUAACACAAGAAAGACACAGUUGUAUCUUACAAGAGAACACUAACAUUUUUCAGGUAAUGCUUACUGGUUUCUGUUGUGCUUCAGAAAUUCUGAGGCAUGUUCUAAGAUACAUUAUUAGAAGUUUCUAUUUUCUGUUGCUCAUUUCCAGCCUGCAUCCUCAGUGUAACAAAUGAAACCAGUGUCAUUUAUUUCAUUCUUUUCAAGAUGGGCAUUGGUGGUUUCAUAACAAUGGGCUGCAUGACUUUUUCCAUGAAAACAUUUUUCUCUCCCUUAAAAUUGGUUUUCGCCAACCAAUGGCACAGAAAUGAAAGGAUACUCAUUUUUGUUCUUUAAAGAAAGCAAAAUGUUACUUGGGAACACUUUAUUCUGUCAGAUUUCUAAAUCCUUAGAAACACGAAUAAGGAACUUUGCCACAUCGCUAUUUAGUCAGCGGGGUGAUGGAAAACUGAGGUGAAGAGGCUUUGGAUGAGAUGCUGUGGCAGAGCAAAGUAGUAGUCAUGUGUCUGCAACAGUGACAAGGCCCAGGAAAGAGGUUGGUUCCUGGUCCUGUAUCAGCUGAAUCACACAGAGCUACUGGCUCCUCUCCCCCUUGGGUCCCAGUUUACUGUUUCUAAAUGUGGUUCCCACUACGGCAUUUCUUGAUAAGCCAACUUUGAGCCCUUUGAUGUGCUGUAUAUGUUUCUGUGACUGAUAAUUCCAGCACUAAAACCAGUUCAGUAUAUAGACAUUUACAAGAGGUCUUUGGCCUCUGAAGAAUUCAGUUAAUGUCUCUCUCUCUUUGAAGCUGCUGAAUGAUAGGGAAGAAUUCAGGCCAGGCAUUCUGAACCAUCAGCAAAAUAAAGUUUCUGUUGGCCAGGAGAAAGCUGACCCACAGGCAAAACGCUUUGCACAUUUCAACCUUUUCCCAAUAUAUUUUUAAGUCCUUCCUUUUCUCAUCCGCCAUGGUGGCCUCUUGCCUUCUAGAAGCCCCAUGGGUGCAACUUAUCAGAACUGCCGCCCCAGGUAGGUUUGUUUUUCCUUCAGAACUUUCCUGUUGGGCAUCUGAGGCUACAGAGGGCAGCUCAUAACUGAGCUCUAGGAGACAGAUCACACUGGUGUGUGUUAGAGACUGCCAGUGCUUAAUGGGCUGCCCCUCCUGGGAGUGUUUAUAUUUAAAAAGGCACGACUCUCCAGUGGGGGAAUAUCAGAUGGCCACCUGUGUAGAUGAGGAAGACAUGUUUUACUGAAACAAACAUCUAGGCAUUGGAGUCACAGCAUUGAACCAGCAACCGAAUUCCUAUGGAUGGGCAGUAUAGGCGUUCACUACCUCAGGAAGGCCCCAAAAGGAAUGCUUGUCAUUUUGUUAAUGGUCAGGAAAGUUCUCUUAAUAGUGAGCCUAAAACACUGACUAGAUAGUGAACACCCCGAGAUUCCACAGACCUGAGUCCACCCAUGUUGUCAGCACCUGUGGUAUGGGGCAUGGCACAGUGAUGGGCCUGACAAAUGGUCCCAUUUCACGAGCAGCCCCACGCCAACACUUGCUAAUAUCCAGCAGAGGGAUGCAUGCUCUGCGACUUCUUACUUGACUAUUUCCUGGACCAGAAGUGCCCACUGAAACGAGCCCUCCCAGAUUUUCCUUUCAGUGCCUGGACUUGCACGUCUCCCUUAAGCAGGAGGACAGCAAGAGUCCGGGGAAUAAAAGCCAAGAGCUUUUGAUAGAAAGGGUGGCCACCUGGACAGAAGGGUGAAGUCUGUGAGAGGAACAGGAGAUUUGACUCCUGUCCUUUCAAAUAGGCGCCCCGAUCAAAAGCACAGCAUUCCAGAGAGGGUGCGGGAAUUGGUAGAAGAAGGAAGUUCUGGGCAGCCCAGCAUUUUUAUGUUGUGCAUGAAAAGAGCGCAGUGCAGAGGCAGGCAGGAUACUUGGGGCAAAAUAGGCAAAAGCAGGGAAAAAAAAAAUCAGAGAUUUUCCUGAUGACAGGGAGGUUUUUCCCCAUAAAUGAUUCAGCACAUGACAUGUGUGAACACGUGCA